UUCUCGUAACCUGAGCCAUUUGUAUCACUCGCCUUAUUUUGCCAAAAGCCAAGCUCUCUAUAAAAACCAUAAAGACAACAGUUGAAAAGUAUCAGUUUACUCGAGACCUUCAAUCACAGCAGUUCCCCCCUUGAAACCUCCAGUAUGAAUAAGCUUAUCAUUCUAACUGUUUUGAUGGCAAUCGCUGCUGCUCUCCCUGUACCUCAGUCCAACUAUGCGACCACGCCUUACAAAGCCAACGAAUAUCCACCUCAGCCUUACAGUUUCUCGUGGUCAGUUCUGGACAAACCGUCGUUCCAAGAAUAUUCGCACACGCAGAGCAGUGAUGGUAAAGUAACCACCGGCAAUUAUCGUGUUUACCUUCCCGAUGGCCGCGUUCAGACCGUCACCUACACAGCUGACGAAAAUGGUUACAGAGCUGAUGUCAAGUACGAGACUUUCUCCAAAACUGGUGCGUGGAUUCCUAGUGCGAUAGGAUUCCGCGUUGCCAGCCGCACGUGAAUCGUUCGUUACAAUGUGUCAUUAGAUUUCUAGACUGACGUUCUAUUGUUUUUAUAUCGACAAAAAAAAAUAAUACUGGCUUCAUGUUAGAUCGCAUGUUUUUGUACAUUAAGAUGCGCCCGAUUACAUAAGGAUUCAUCCGUUUGUUAUUGCUUAUCUGCAUCGUUAUGUUAGAGACCCACUAUGAAUAUACUGUAAAUCAGGAAAAGAG